GCGAAAGUGUUCGGAGCGAUGCCAAAGUCCCCGAGGGUGUGCUGCAGCUUGCCGUCAGGCCCCCAGCCGCGCCUGAACGCCGCAACAUAGAGGGCAGGCAGAUCGACCUCCCUGCAUCGGCGGGCAUUCGAUCAGCGCCUUACACCGUGGACGUUGUCCUUGGGACGCCAGGCCAGACGGUUCAAUUGAUGCUCGAUACAAGCUCGUCGGAGACGUUGGUGAACCCCAACUGUCAGAAAUCGGACGAUCCCGUCUAUUGCACAAGUACAGGACGUUUCACGAGCAGCUCCUCAUUCGUAGACUUGAACACGCAAGGCGGCACUACUCUUUCCGGUGGCUAUGUUGAGUGGAAUUAUGGUUUCGACUACAUGGGACUUGGAUCCGCCAGAAUCGGGACACAGAUCUUCGGGGUCGCAUACGAUUCCGAGGGCCUGUCCGCUGGCGUCCUUGCUCUUGCUCCCUCGCUAGCUGGCUGGGACAGCCCUUAUCCGUUUGUGGUGGACGCUCUGUAUUACCAAGGGUUCACACAGAGUCGCGCGUUCAGUCUGGACUUGCGCUCAGGUGACUCGGAAGGUUCCUUGACUCUCGGAGGUCUCGAUACUUCUCGCUACACGGGAAAUUUGGAGAAGCUUCCAAUUAUCCCAUCUUCGCAAUCCCCGGAUGGUAACACGAGAUAUUGGGUGCAACUGGACAAACUUGCUGGCGACGAUCUUAUCUUCUACGAGGGCCAGCAAGCCUUUGUCUUGGACAGCAGCGACAGCGUCUGCCGCUUGCCCAGUCCCAUCUUCAACAGUCUGAUGACGGCUUUCCCCUCCGCCAUCUUCACACCCUCAACCAACCAGUACUCUGUUGAUUGCGCAGACAGAGAAGCGGGUGGCACUCUCGACUUCACCUUUGGCACGACUACCAUCAAGGUGCCCAUCAGCGAAUUCAUUGUCGAAUCGGACGGUGUCUGUUAUAUCGGCGCGACCCAAGAUGAUAACGUGCCCGCUUUGGGAACCAACUUUCUCAGUUCAGCGUACGUCGUGUUCGAUCAGGACAACCGCUCCAUUCACAUUGGCCAGAACUGCCAGGGCGACUACGAGACGAACCUCGUUGCUAUCGGCUCUGGACCGGACGCCGUGCCCUCGCCCCCGGGGACCUUCUCCUCACCUGUGUCUUCGCCAGCCUCAUCGCCAGCCUCAUCGCCAACUUCAUCACCAGCAUCAACCCCUGUCAGCACUCUGAGCCCAACGUCGAUCACUACGACCGCAGCAUCGACCUCCCAUACGAGCCCCAGCGCCGUCACCAGUGUCAGCGACGAGACAUCCUCUUCUACCCAGGUUACAAGCCAGACCACAAUCUCCACGUCGCAGCAGACGCAAGAGACCACUCAGUCAACCCAGACAGACGAGCUCACCUCACGGGGAACCUCCACCACAGUGGCACCGGAAUCACAUAUCACCACCACCACCCCCCAAGUCACCACGCAGACAUACCUCAGCACAACCACAUACGUUGUCACCAAGUGCCCGCCCACCUUCGACGACUGCCCCUUUGACGAGGUCACGACCGAGGUCCUCACCUUGACCACAACCUACUGUCCCGCUGCCACAGCUACCCACACGCUCACGCAC